AUGCCUCGAUUCGCCCCCUUUAACACGGACUUCCUAGAGUAUGUGAGGGCGUUGAAUGGAAGCGAUAAUCUUCCAGCCUGCUAUAGAGGACUAGAAGAUCUACAUGUCCCCAAUAAGGAUAUAGAGGAAUUUCUUGUCAAAGAAUUCUCGCUUGGCCGACUGGAAGUGCUUCCGUUUUUGGGGUAUGCUGGAGCGAAACGCCCACCAAAGCCGCUACAUGAACAAAUUAUGAUCGGACGAGAAGUUAUCAUUACCGAGCGGAUGGACCUUCAUCUUCUCUGGACAAACGAUCGAAAAUUUUUUUUUAAACCUCUACCGGGCUUUUUGCUUGAACCAGUAUUUUGGAGAAAAUAUUUCUGCUGCCAGCCUGGCUGUGAAUGCGACUCCUCUGCAAGGAGGACAAGUGAUAGCAACAGCAAUCUUAGCAGAGAUAAGGUUUCAGAAGAGAGCAAUAUUAAUAGCAGUCCUUCUCCGAAGAAAGAUACCCUCGCACCGGUAGAAUGCCAGAGGAAGAAACUCUGGGAGUGUGCUAUGGGCUUUCUCUACAGUUAUAUCUGUCUCAUCUCCUACGAGAGCGACUUCAAUAUCGCCAGCGAGAAAUAUCUCUUGCCUCGCCAGCUUAGUAGGUCCCAAUCUGGCUGGGAGAACUGGAAAAAUAUUACCAGUGAAGUCCUUUCCAAUUUUGACAGGAACAAAGUCCAUCGUUUCCUCCGCGCAGAGCUCCGCCUUGCUCGGCUUGACAUUCUCCACCGCAUGACCCAGAUGCCGCCGUUCGAGCCCUACCUGCGUCACUACUGGAACUAUGGAAGUCUUUUUCAUGAUAAUAUCACGUUACUGGCCACUGCGACUGUCUUCAUUGCCUUGGUCUUGACGGCUAUGCAGGUCGGGCUUGCCACGGAGCAGCUAGGCCAGAACAAGAGCUUCAUGGCGGCCUCGUACGGGUUUACUGUUUUUGCAAUUCUGGGUCCGCUCUGCGCAUUUGGACUUGUUAUCCUCGAGGCGCUCUGGCAUCUGGUGAAGGAGCUGCCCCAGCUUCUCGGUUUUUCUGGAAAGCAUAAAGGAACGGCCACCACUAGCAAUGGUGAGAUACCGGUUUAA